GCUGAGCCUGCUUAGAAAAGAAAACAUAAACAUCCGGAAUAUGGCGAGCAAAUGAAUUUAAAUUCGACUUAUGUAAUCGCUGUGUUUGCAAUGUUUUCACUACGAGUUUCAUUAUCCAAAUUCCUGAACUGUUUUCUACACGUUCUUUGCUUCACUGUACUUGUAUUGGGUGACGUUGACAACGCGUUUAUCGAUGUGAUGAGCCAAAGUGAAGACGGACAAAACAGCUCGUUUGUAAAUGUUGUCGGAAAGUUCGCCAGAAUCGGCGCGAUAAAACAGGUCGAAGGAGAGUUAAAUGAGGUAAGGUAACUCGAUGCGAUAACUCUUUGCAUUGUUGAAAUACGAUUUUGUGUUCCACGGUUGUGAGGGAGGGUCAGAUCAGUGAUGUUGUUUUUAUAUUACGACGUUUUUUUUGAAAAUAUGUAAAAUUGCAUUGUUCAAUGGUGUUAUUUGUUUGUCAUUCUCGGGGCCGGUAAUCGAUCGAAACGAUAGGAAUUAAAGAAAUUUACAUGGGAAAUCCUUAUUUAUUCAAUAACGAGGUGUGUUAUGGGUGAGCAACAAUAAUCUUUCAUUUAUCUUUCGGAUAUUUCGAAUUUCAAUGAAGUUGUCGGUAACAAAUUCAUCUAAAUUUCCUAGGGAGAAUUAAGAAACCACGGAGAACCAAGUGUUUGCAGCAAAUGGCUUGGGUUUUUUCAACUUUUAAAUGAAUAUACUUUCAAAGAUCUGCCUCAGUUUUUCAAGGGUUAACUGUAACCCAGGUAACCCUCCUGAAAUCAAUGAAAUCAGAAAUGCAAUAAACUUGGGGGAAAGACCAGCAGCAAUAUUUAUUAUAUAUUUUUAAUCAUAUUGAUCUCUAAGAAGUUUUUCGCUCUUUAUUGGUAAUCCUGCAUGUUUAUUUUUGAUGAGCUGGAUUACACAUGAAUUUUGAUUGGUCCCUACCUAUGAUCUACUGGAGAGCAGAUGUAGAGAUGAUUUCACAUUCUGCUUUUUUAAUACAUAAUUAAAUCUAAUAGAUUCUAUGUUGCAGUGGGUCUGUUCAUUAGUAGACCACAGAGGAUGUCAGAAUAUGAUAAGAACAUCUUGUUGACACAGUUAGCUGCUCUUCAUGUGACACUUUUCUUUCAACCCACAUUUUGAAUAUGUUAUCCGUAAUCUAUCAUUGACCAGAUGCAUGUUAAAUAGAUAAGGUAAGCAUACAGUGAAUAAGCCAUAAAUCAGGAUAAAUACUAAAUACGUACUAAUUUUUAAAAAGUGCAACUGACUAUGUGUAGAUAGAUGCUUGUGAUCCAGAUGAUUCUGAACAAGACCAAGAUGAAUCUCAAAGCCCUCAAACAGAUGAAACACAGAGCUGGAUUGGUGUUAUUCACAUUCCUGUCCUGGAUUAUUACAAUGCUCGUGGAUCAAAGUUCUGUCCUGUUUUGGAAAGGGUAAAUUGUGAUCUUUCACUGUUUACUUCCUGGUUUUAUUUUUUUUUUCCUUUUUGCUGUACAGUAGUCUGAAGACACAAGUCAUUCAGUACUUAGCUCAACUCUUAUAUAUUGUUAUUAUUUAUUAUCAUUUCCUUAUUAUUAUUAUUAUUAUUAUUAUUGGUUUUUUAGGUUUUAAAGGAUGGUAAAAGUGUCCUAAAAUAAUGUCACUCAUUUGCAGCCUUAUUCUUUGAUUUACAAUUUUGAUUUUCUGUUUUCUCCACAAAAAUGCUGUAGAGCCAAUUCCCAAUCAUUGCCCAGAGAGUUGAUAUCAGUUUGCCACCUAAAAAGUUACCAUAACCACACUACACCCUUUCAUAACUCCUUUUCAUUUAAGAGUUGCAAAAUGCAUAUCAAGGUACAAUUUCUUGCACAGCUAUCUUUGAAGAAGAUCUGUGUUUUAAGUGCUGAACCUCCUUAGACUAGACUAGACUAGACUAAAUUAAGGUGGCCCUGAACCUACAAUAACACUUAAAGACACGGCUACUAUGCCUCCUACUUAUGGUUAUUGAGCAUAAUCAAGUAUAAUAUCACAAUGUUACCAUUAAAUAAAUAUAUCCUCUAUGAUUAAGGUACAUAACUAUAGUACAUUUAUGAAUGCUUUUUAAUUACUUUUGUAAAAGUAGAUACAGGUCUGGGAUGCAUUUGAUCGUAUGGAAAGUAUUUUAUGGAUCAUUGCAAUGAUCAUGAUCAUCAAAACUCUGGCCUUCAACAUAACUUUGUUGUGUUUAAGGUGAAGAAAGCAAUGUUACUGGGUGCCUCAGCAAUAAUUAUCAUAACUUUGAAUCACAGAGUGUUUAGAAAGGUAUGUGUUAUGUAAUCUGAAAUGCAUUUGGUAACCCUUUGGAUCAAAGGUAUCUUGGUGCAUAAAAAAAAAAGGAAGGAAAAAUGCCACAGAAAGUUGAAUAUUUGUUUUCACAGUAACUUAGGUUUUUCUCUUCGAUUUGUAAAAGAUUCUGAAACUCACUAUUCACUUCAUUUGGUAUGGUACUUUAGGCUUGUUAUUGGAGGAUAUUGGCAGACAAGGAAGGAAAGACAGUUAGGAGGGUUAAAACAUAAACAUUUGUGUCACUGACACUUUUUAAGCCUAACAAAAAAGACAAAAAACGCAAAAAUGAAACAGAAAGGAGUAAAAGUGAAGAUAAGUUCCCAAAAGAUACUGUUGGCCAACUGUCGGCCAACUGUCGGCCAACUGUCGACUGACACUUGGACAACAGUUGGCCAACUCUGUUUUCAUUACUGACUGUCGGUAAUGUGUCAGUAACCUGUUGGCCAACAGUUGACCGACAGGUUACUGACAGCCAAAAAUGGGAACCAUUGUUCACUAUUACCCAGAAAGGUAGCCCACAAGACUUCCUCCACUUGUGUAAAGUUUAUGUUAUCAGCAGAAUGACACAGUUCCAUGGUAUUUAGCAUCCAAAACUCUCUGUUUUUACUGUAGCUUGACUUAGCUCAAAUGUUUUCAAGACCCAUCAUAAUGGUAAAUGGAACUAACAGUGUUUCUAAAGUAUUGGAGGCUUUCAAAAAGUAAGUUUACCAAUAAUCAAACCACUGAUAUUUCAUUUUUUUUUUCUUUGUACAAGUCAGUAAUAUAAUCUAAAAUUUGGAAGCAAUAAACUUAAAGGCAUAAUUUUAUCAGGGUUCUUGGAUUAAACAAACCCCCUUACUCCCUCCCCACCCCUAUUUGGUAUGAAAAUUAAUCAUUUGUACAACCAAAGCAACCUUUUAUAAUUCCAAGAAGCUUGGAGAUUAAUUGUGGAAUCCUCCACACGAAACUCUUGCCUUACUCCUUGAAACUGUGGAAAAGUAUUCUUUAUUUGAAACAUCUAGCUGUAUUAUAAAUAGUUUUUUUUAUAUACCAUUGUUGGUUUUUGCAACAUCUUACAACUGAAACUUGAUGAGCAAGUGCCAUGGUGUUUUGAUAUGCCUUUGAUCAUUUGAUAACUGUACUAAAACUUCUAUAUCCUUGUAUGUACAGUGGAAAACACAAUCUGAGAGCAAAGAUUUCCCAUAACUCAUCUGUGGUUGAAUUAAAGGUUAGUUCAAGACCAUAAGUUUAUGAUAGGUAAACUAUGUUUAUUUUUUUACUGCUCUAAGUAUCAAUGAUUGUUGCAGAUGGCAAGCAAUUUCUUUUCCCCACAUACAGGCUAGGAUCAACAUUUGUCUCUAUAAAGCUGCACAAUACUCAUUAGCUUCCCCUUGGCGAUCAAAAGGCAACAAUCCUCACUUCUGUUUUGUCAGUUCUGUCAAAUCCUGGCUGGCAGAUUCAACACACAUUUGAGGGUUAAACCAUGAUAGAAUUUCUUAUGUCUUGUUAGUUACUUUCCACGCUAACACUUUGGGCUACCUGUGGUCGGCCCAGUGGAUGGGAAGGUGUGGUCUGCCUGGGAAACCCUGAAAAAAGCUCAGAGGUAACGUGUUCAGUGUCAUUACCAUUUGUCUCAUUAACAUCUUUCACAUUAUAUACUUUCAAGUUUGUCAUUUACCUUCAAACUCUUAACAUCUCUCGCUUUGUGCAAUUUCACAUACAUUCCUUUUCAAUAUUAGGACGUUUCACAGUAUCCCACUUGUGCAAGAAUAACCUAGCUUAUAUAAUACUUUUAAGUUUUUGGAACAUGUAAAUGAACUAAGUAAUGUGUAUUUAAAAUAGAUAAAGUUGAAAGAAUACACUGAACAUCAUCGAUCUUUUUUUUCCUGUCCUUAGGAGGUGAACUCUCAAUUCACCAGCUCUGCUGUGUUCUUUACGUCAGUGCUGUUCUGUCUUUUAGUUUUCAAGGUACGUUAAUGUAGAUCACAGAAUUUUUAGCUUUCCCUCUCAUAAAGAAAAAGAAAAAUUUUCACUGACAUAAUGUUACGCGGGUGGUUUGAUGAGCACAAAAAAAAACGGAGCAGAUUGGAAAAAAUGAUGCAUCAUCUCACAAAGUAUGGCGACAAGGCAGCCACUGUAAAGAGGACCACCUAAGUAUUACAUGACGAUGUACUUUAAGGAAUAUUCUGAAAAGGCAAGAUGAGAGAAGAAGAGUCCACUUGGGAAAAGCUAAAGUAAGCCAAGAGUAAGAAACUUUCCUUUAUGCUUGACUUGACAGACUCAGCUUAGCCAGUUUCUUCAUAACUAUUGGAUUUCCAAAAAAGAGGUAAGGAAUCCACACGAAUUUUUGUAAGUGCGCUUUUUGAGUAACUGCAACUAUUACUGUCGACUGCCAAUCAGAACAACGAAGAAUGUCAGAAGAAACCAAUGCGAAUUAACUCAAAGUGGCGGAUACUUGUAAUCGAUAUCAAGUACAGGAAAACACAACGUAGUUUACAAAGGAGCACCUUAUUUCAGUUUGGUUGGUUUGGUGGAGAAGAUAGCGCGAGGUUUUUAAACCAAUAAAAGAAGGAAGUAAAACAAGAAAAUGCAACCAAGGUUACCUUCCAGUUUCAAUCAAAAAUCACUUUUUUUUGCCGUAAUAAUAAAAAUUCCUCACUAUUGGAUCUUUUCAGGAAAUGCUAAGACAAGAGGCAGUCGAAGCCAUAGCGAAACUAAAGAUAAGAAAAUUCAGAAGAAGAGUAAAAGACUCGUCUCGUUAUGCUAUUAAACAAGUUGAACAGGAGAGGAGAGAUUCUGAAGUGUGUGCUGUUUGUUUAGAUGAGUUUCAAAAUAACCAGGUAAGAAUCGAUGAAACAGAAUGACUGACGCUUGUCCAGGACGUACCUUCAGUAAAACGCUACUUCCUCUUCUUUCCCUUCUAACGACUUUUUCAGCCAUUCCGUUUUCUCAGUUAAUUGUAUAUAGUAAAACAGAAAAAAGGCCAAUAAUGCGAAAGAGCUUUAACCCUUGGACUCUUAAGAGUGACCAGCAUCUAAUUUCUCCUUACAUUAUCAACCCUAAAUCAAACAUUAAGGUCAGGAGUAUUUAGGAAAUGAGCAGCAACUGAAGCUCUCGAUGUGAAACAAAUUCUCCCUGUUGACACCUCAGGAAAUAUAUAGAGAACAGUAUAGAGAAUAUACAUACUGAUGUUAGGUCGUCAGGGUCGGUUGAAGAACUAAAAGUAAGUCCAUGAAACGGACCUAAAGUGUGGUAGAGUGCAAGUGCCCAAGUCAUCAUUUAAUUUAAUUCUGAAUUUAAUUGUGGAUUGAGAAGGAUGGGCGUAGCUAUUUAAAACCAAUCAUAAUAGUGUAUCGUAGUGAAUUAAUGCAAUCUUGAAUAAAGGGGUAAGUUUCUAAAGAAACUGUGGUGCUGCGUCGGUGGGAGAGUAUAGCAGGUAAUUUAGUGUUAACAACUGGGUUGAAAACGUAAAUUAGCCACCGUAAAGGGUAAAAAAGCUGACGUUUCGAGCGUUAGCCCUUCGUCAGAGCGAUUAGAGGAAUUGUGGGUUGUGUGUGGAAAUGCAAUCUUGGAUUGCUUUGAGACACUCAAAAUAAAAUUGCUAGUUCUGGCUUGGCUUUAACAUCAUCCAUGAGUAGAUAGCUGGGGUAAUGGACUGUAAAAUGUGAUAUAAUUGCAAAGUAAAGUUUGUAGAAAUUGUAACCUUAAUUCAACUUGUUUCAGCUCGUUCGCACUUUGCCGUGUGGUCACGAGUUCCAUUGUGAAUGUGUGGAUCGUUGGUUGCUGGCAAAGAGGACCUGUCCAUUGUGUAAAGGAAACAUUUUAGGUUAGAGUUAUGUCACUUUUUACGUAAUAAAUCCGUUCACCUGAGAAAAUUGUUCUCAUCUUAAGUUUUAAUCUAAUCAUUGAGCGUUCUUAUCUGCGAGAAGUUUGUACCCUUGCCAUUGUCAGUUCCUAGAUAUGAGUCACUUUUGUCAGAGACUUGUCCGUAAUAAUUUUGCAAUGACCCGCUUUUAUCCCAACUGAUCUCAUAACUCUUAAAUCUGAAAUCAUGGGAACAUUUUGAAACGUUUGCUUUUAAUUCGACAAUUUUUUGUUCAAAAUCUGAGUGUUUCGUCACCGACAGAAUAGGCCCCCAUAGGCAACCUGGAUCCUUAAAAAGGCAAAUUCCACAAAUCCCGAAGCUUUUGAAAAUUUCACUCUACUGUUUCCUAUCUAGAUUGAGUGAGUGUUUAAUCUAAAUACUCAACCUGUUUUGUUUAAAAUCAGAAUGGCUUUGUCGUUUGGAUACCAAAUACCACAUAACAAGGAACAACAUGACGGAGACUGUGGAGAACGAAACAGUUCAGCGGCUGGGGACACUUCGAGCGUCUCCCAUGAAGUGCUCUACUCAAAGACACAAUAUUGCGUCGUCAAACGCUAACUGUGAUACAAACGAGUUUUUCCGACGUGGAACCAGGAUAUAGAUUCUCAGGUCUUGAGCAUUUUGGAAGGGGUUUGCGAAAGACAUGCUUAAGGUAUUGGAAAUAUAGAAAUGUUCGGUUAGAGAUUCUAGAUAAUUUGAUUCAUCAUGGU